CUCCUCUUCGGUCUUAUUUUAACCUUCCCAUCAUCCAUCCCCUCGCCCUCUCCCAUUUCCGCCGUUUCCGGACCAAAGAUUCUUCAAUUUUCUCCCUUCCAAUUCCGAGUUUUCCAGUGAUGUGAUCAUGCCGGCGAUGGACUGCCAAGACUCCGCUCCCUUCGCCUCGUUUGGUCGCUCCAUCCUCAGCCUUCGCCGUGAGCAGGUCCACUCCGUCGACGGCGGCGGCCACCGCGAUUCACUUGUUGGAUCGUACGACGUCGAAAUCGAAGCGUUUCAGAAGCGCGUCGCCGGCGUCUUCCUCGACCUUGCCUCCUCCUUCGGGGAUGAGCUGCUUUCCCUUCCCUGGCUCCGCAAGUUGCUCGAUGGGUUCCUCGUCUGCCAGGAGGAGUUCCGGGGGAUCCUCUUCGGCUGCAGGGACGGUCGGCAGGCGCACCUCUCCCGUCCGCCCCUCGACCGCUUCCUCUCUGACUUCUUCGAACGCUCGGUCAAGGCGCUCGACGUCUGCAACGCUAUCCGCGAGGGCGUCGACAAGAUGCGCCAGUGGAGGCAGCACCUGGAGAUCGCCAUCUCCGCUCUCCGAGGCUCCGGAGGCGGCCGGCCGCUCGGCGAGGGCCAGAUCCGCCGCGCCUGUAAGGCGCUGAACGAUCUCACCAUCCUUUUGCUCGAUGAGAAGGAGUCCCCGUGCAUCUUGAACCUCCGCAACCGUUCCUUUGGCCGCGGCGGCAAGGAGACGCGACAACAUCGCCGUGUCGGCAGCGCAGGAUCCGCCUCUUCCUCAGGGCACCAUCGUUCCCUCUCCUGGAGCGUCUCCCGCUCGUGGUCCGCCGCCAGACAACUCCAGACGAUCGGAAACAACCUUAACGUGCCGCGGGGCAAUGAAGUUGCUGCCACCAACGGCCUGGCCGUCCCGGUGUUCGCCAUGAGCUCGGUCCUCUUCUUUGUGAUGUGGACUCUCGUGGCAGCGAUCCCUUGCCAGGACCGUGGCCUCCAGACUCAUUUCUCUCUCCCCAAGAACCUCCCAUGGGCCGCAUCAAUCACGGCACUCCACGAGAAGAUAUUUGAGGAAUCCAAGAAGAAGGACCGGAAGAACUCCUGCGGGUUGCUAAAGGAGAUCCUACAGAUGGAGAAGUGCAGCCGCCAGUUGGUGGAACUGUUAGAUCCAGUGGAGUUUCCGUUGACGGAGGAGAAGGAGACGCAGCUGCAGCAGGGCGUGGAAGGGCUAUUGGAAGUCUGCAAUGCCUUGAAGGAGUGUCUAGACCCACUCGAGCGCCAGGUGCGUGACAUUUUCCUUAGGAUUGUCAGUAGCCGAACGGAAGGUCUCGAUUGCUUGAGCAAGUCUCACCAUUCUGAGUGAAUCUGGUUUAAUUCCAUGUACUGUAUGCUCGGAAUGCCAAAAUUGCAGCUUUCGACGAUACAUAAUUUUGGCUUGUUUGCAAUUUGGUAAUGGGAGGCUACUUGUGGGAAGGUGGGGAGAUAGACAAGAAAAUGUGAUACAAAUGCCCUCUUUGGUUAGUAAUAUGAAGCAGGUAGUUUUCUUGUAUCCACUUUUGAUUACCAAACGUGUAGGACAAAGGGAGUUAGUGUUGAAAAACGUAAGAAUUUUUAUGUCUGCACUGUGCUACUAUGUUUUGAUCUUCUCAUGUGCAGAAUUUUUAUAAUGUUGAAAAACGUAAGAACCCUCCCUCCCUUUGUCUUGCUGUAUAUUGUACUUUUAUUUCUUGAUUAUUGUUCUCGAACAAAAAUUCAAAGUGUCCAGUUUCUUA